GAGUCGCUAUAAGUCGGGAUCGCCUUGAAGGCAGUCCAUUUCCAUUUUCCAUUUUCAAGCGGUCUAUGGGGGGGGAGUUUGAGGAACCACUCUGAGCUAGAUUUAACUUCAUAAAUCAAACAACUAACUAACUAAAAUAACGAAAGGAAACAACAUGUUAUGAAUUAAAGAUGUAAAUAAAAAAAUGCAAGACCAUUAACAAUGCUUAAGAAAAAUGAGUUUUUUUAAAAAAUGGGUCGAGCGGGAUUCGAACCGACGACACAGAGGCUUUCAGGCAGCUCCUCGGCGCGUCUGCGCCCGGAAGAGCCUUGGCGGCGAGGGCCGGCGGGGCGGGGUGAGUCACCGCGAGCGCCCGCCCGCCCGCAUUAUUGCCUCGCCUGUUUGCUGAGCGCACCUGUCCCCACCCACCCUGGCGACGCGACCUUCCCCUCGCCGAGCGCGCUAGCUCGCCCGCUCAGAUCCCUUGAGCGACUCCCGCCGCCGCGUCCAGGCGGCUUCAGGACCGCGAACGCCUCGUCCCGGAAAUGCUCAAGAGACUUUCCAUGUGAUCAUUUGGCAUCACUCCACACCGUGCGGCAAGAAUACUCCCUUUCGAAGGAGCACACUUUCCCCCUUCUGGGUGGGAUGCCGAGGAACAUGAUGUCGGACUUCUCGGGAACGGUGUGCGAAACUGCUCCCGAGUGUCAGUUUGGUAGCUUUGGAAAAAAACAUCACCUGGAGAGUGGGAGGAGUCGCCCAAGGCGAAGAAGUUCAACUUUGGAUGAUGAUGAGACCCUGAAAUACCUAACUCACGAGGAAAAAGAUGUCCUCCUUUUCUUUGAAGAAACCAUUGAUGCCUUGGAGGAUGACUUGGAGGAACAAGCCCUUCAUGACAGUGGCAUCCACUGCCACUCCCCAAGGUCAAUGGAAGAAACCACGUCCAGCCAUUCAGAGCCUGAAGAUAUCAUAGACUUGGUCGAUUCAGCUCUGGAGAAUAGCACUGAAGAGGGUGUUCCUAGCAGAAAUGCAGAACCAGCACUGGAGGAGGCUUGGAAACUGGAUAAACCAAAGCCUGAAAAUAAUACUGAGGACAUCCACACUGAUGCCAUCCCUCUUCCUGUGUUACCAUCGGCGGCACCACUGCCAAUGUACGAGGUGUUUCCUCCUCCGUCAACAGUGCAGCACCCAAAACUCCUUCGCUGUAUCCCGACUCCUCUUGUCAUUGCCCAGAAAAUAUCUGAGAAGCAAGCAGAGGGCAGCCCUAUCUCUCCUGCCUCUCCAAAGGAAGGGACACCUGCAGAGAGGAGAAGCACAUCUGUUUCUUCCCCCCUAAACAGUGGAGAACGUUUCACGGCCUUCAAGCAAUCUUUGCGACCCCCAACUGCCCCCAAGCCCCCAAAAUUUCCAAGCAACAUCAGCAUUACCAAUGCUGGAGAAAGGGAGUUCAGCAAAACAAUCUCCAAGGCAGCCGUCAAUGUCCAAGAGCGCACGGCUCGGGUGUUGGCCAACGUCAAUGGUUCAGCCUUUCUGAUAAGCGAGUUGGAAGAGAGACUUCAGAAGCAUGAACUCUUGGGUCAUAGCAGAAGCUCAUCCUUGCGAGAUUUGCCUUCGGAGCAAGCAAGACACGAAGCAUUAACUAGACUCAGCUUGGCAGAUGAAAGUCUUGCUGGAGCCUACCUCGACCAGCCUCUAAAUGCCCCCACGUUGAAGGAUGAGAGACCAGGACAGGUGCAGCCUGUGUUGAAUGGCUAUCGAAACAUCCACGACAUGUUAAAAAGGGAAUCCACCCUGUUCCCAAGCGUGAGCAAAACUGUGACUUUCAAACCGAACACUGAUCUUGUGGACGGUAAGACCAUGCGGCCAAACGCCCCCAAGAGCUUUUACAACCACCAGCAGCCGGACUUCAGCCUGGAAAUGAGGAGGAGAUCUGGCUCUCUGCCCAGAGCUUCAGGAUUGAGACCCCAAGGCAUAACGGUACAGUUCUCCGGUCGUGGGUUGACCGAAGAGGCCAGGAGAGAGGCGCUGCGGAAACUUGGGCUGCUCAAAGACUAGAGUUGAAGGGCAGUAAUGGGACAGGCAGACUUUAUGCCCCCAACAGACUCAUUUCCGAGGAGAUCAGAUGAUGGCUCUCUUUAUCCUACAGGCUAAGGAGAUAUUAAAUAUUGGAACUGUAUUUCUGCAUGUCAUGGAUUUCCUUAUGAUGCUCAGUCACAACACUUAUGGAAGCCUUUGGUGGGAUUUCAGAAAGACACUUUUUUAAAUAAGAGGCCUGGCUGCAAAAUGGGCAUUGUACUAAAUGAAGUUUAAUUGUGCAGUAUUUUGUGUAUGUAUGUGAGUAGCUGGCAAGUAUGUCACGAGUGCAAUGGAUUUUCCUUGGACUCCUGCAGUAAUGAAGCCAAAUAUUAGAAGAAAUGGUACCUAAUGAAUUAUAUAGGGACAUACACGUGUGUGUGUGUGUGUGUGUGUGUGUAUACACACAUACACACAUACUAUAUAUAUGCGUGCACACACAUACACAUAUUAUAGCAUAUUGGAGAGGUCAAAUAUACAAUAAAGCUGCUAUCUUUGAUUUUCACAUUUAAUUCUCUCUCUCUCUCUCUCUCUCUCUCUCUCUCUCACACACACACACACACACACACACACACACACACACACACACACACACACACACACACACACACACACACACACACACACACACACACACACACACACAGAGCCCUUAUCUGUAAACUAAGGCCUCAUCUGCACCUUAUAUUUUAUGCAACAUGAAAGCAUUUUAAACAGUUACGGCUUCCCCCGAAGAAUCCUGGGAAGUGUAGUUUGUGAAGGGUGCUGAGAGCUGUUAGGAGACUCCUAUUCCCCUCACAGAGCUCCAGUGGCCAGAGUGGAUUAACAGUCAGCCCCUCUUCUGGGGAUUGUAGCUCUGUGAAGGAAAGAAGGGUCUUCUAAAACUCUCAGUGCUCUUAACACAUGACAGUUCCCAAGGCCCUUUGGAGGAAGCCAUGACUGUUAAAAUGGUAUAACACUGCUUUAAGUGUGUGGUGCCGUUGUAGCCUAAUUGGCAAGAGUGUGGACAUCUUUUUAAGAAUGCACAAUAACUCUUAAAGAACUGAUGACACCAAAUCACCACAUUUCCAUUUUGAUUGGGGAAACUGAUUUCAUUUUGUCUUGAGACACAGAGGUUCUCUUUCAAGUCAGCGCCAAGAACAAAAAUAAGAGCCCUGUUGGAUUAGGCCAAGGGCCACCUAUCUAGUCCCGCAUCCCAUUUCCCACAGUAGCCACUCAGGUGAUUAUCAAUCUGAAAACAUAUUUUGCAAAAAAAUAAAGAAAUGCAGGAGACCCAGUCAGCUGCUGUGUAGUAAAUGCUAUUAACCAGGUUGCAAUCCUAGCCAUUGAACCCAUACAGUGGAGAGUAUGGAAUGACUCCAUCAGAUACUGAUAAAAGUCUUCAUCUCUCUAUGCUACUUGUGUGCCAGGCACACUGCACUGGGUCUAAAGCAGGUGUGGGGAACCUUUGGCCCUUCAGAAGUUGCUGGACUACAACUCCCAUCAUUCCUGGCCUUUGGCCUGCUUGCUGGGGCUGAUGGGAAUUGUAGUGCAGCAGCAUCUAGAGAGCCAAACGUUCCCCACUCCUGGUCUAAAACAUUCACUUCUCAUGCCUCCUUUCAGUACCUUGCUCUUUCUUUGUGCACCUGUGUGCUGUGGUUGUACAAGCAGAAACAGAGUUGUGCACGGAGGCCUGGGAAACAACAGGUCCCUGAAUGCUUCAAGGAGAAGUACAUAAAAUUAAUGCUCUAGAGAAGCCUUCCCCAGCCCGGUGCCCUGCAGAUGUUUUGGACUACAACUCCCACCAGACCUAGCCAGCCUAGCUGUGAUUUGCAAUGUACCGGCAGGGAUUUCUGACUCCCACAGCCCAUACUAUACUGGUGAAAUGAAGAACGCUUGGGUUAUCCAGGAGUGGAUUUGUGUGUGGAAAGCCUGUUGAGUUUUGGUACUCAAAACAAUUUUUCCUAGGCUCAGAAUUCUUGAGUUCUACGUGUACAUCUUGUGCACGAGGCUACAGUUGCUGGAUCUUGGGCGGAUCUAAUAAAAAAAUUAAGUAGAUGCCGUAAACCUGAAGUCUGCCCUGUCUUGCUCUAGAAGCGGUAUAAUGGUCCUAGCACACUGUUCUUCGGGAGUUACAGUCCAACAGCAUCAAGUUUGAAGGACACUGUCCUAGCAGAUCAGCAUUGCUUCUGCUGCAGAGGAGGUAUGGAGGACAAAGAGAGAGCUUACUCCAGUCCAACUGCCCUUUGUAUUCUGCUUGGGCAAAGGGAGUAAGAUUUCAGUCCGGGCUAUGUCUUUAAAAUAGUGGCUUUUGGGAGAUGCUUGCACACCUUCAGAUUCUAACAUAGGGAAGUAGCAUUGGAAGUAAGGAUGUCACUUUGAAACUUAAGAUGUGUUUGCGGAAGGCCAUAUCCUGGAGAGCUGCUGCCAGUACUUGUAGACAACACUGAACUAGAGAGACCAAUGGCUUGACCCAGUAUAAGGCAGCUUGCUAUGCUCCUUAGGAGAAAGACCUGUAGCUGACUGGCAGAGCAUCUGCUUUGCAUGUGGAAGGUCCCAGGUGCAGUCCCAGCAUCUCCAGGUAGGGCUGAAAGGGAACCUAGUCUGGAACCCUUGAGAGCUGCUGACAGUGUAGGCAAUACUGAGCUCGAUGGCCCAGUAGACUGACUGAGUAUAAACCUACAAUGUAUGAGGGUCCAAAUCCAUACAGAAGUGCAGUAAGAAUAAUAAAGACCCACAAUAUUCAAAAUGUUCUGAAGUCCAAAAGAAAUAGUCUAUAAAGUCUAUAAGAAGUUCUUUCACAAGUGUGUAAUUCCUCUCACGAUGGAUAUAUACAGUUGCUUCCAUAUGAUGAUUUGUUUUGCAAAUGUUAAAUCCCUGUAACCACUGAUGCACAAGGCUACUUCUAAUAGAUGAUUUCUGACUGUACAUACAAGUUACUAUGUUACUGAAACAUUCUUACAGCAAAGUUGUAACAACUGAUAUCAAUUAAAAAAAACCUCACCCGUUGAAGAAUUUUAGGCAAGAAUAUCUUUCAAACGCUCCUCCAAGAAAAAGGCUGGUUGCAACCAUACAACAACUGCAGAAUCUUUUCAAAGGUACGUGAUUCUUAACUGGACGUGGAAUAGAGAGAGCUUAUCAUUGCUCCUGCCAAAGACAGUUCAUUUACAACAAGAUCUGAGGAAGACAUCAAGUCGAUUUUGUGUGUCAUUGUUCUUGACUAUAGACUGUAUUUCUUUUGGACUUCAUUGCACUUUGUAUCUUUAUAUUAUUAUUACUGAGUUCAGUACAGCGCCUUUUGUAUAUUGUGGGUCUUUUAUUAUGGUUGUUCUUUUCAGGAACAUGAGAAGUUGCCUUAGACUCGAACUCGAUGCUCCGACAAGCUAGUGCUUUUGGAUGCUUCCAGAUAAAAAGGCUUUGCAGGGGAUCAUGGUGUAAACUGGAGGACUAUUGACCUGCACCUUCUGUGUGGCAAUUGUUGCUCAUCCAGAGCAGGUAGUAGCACAAGUACUCUCAUGCCGGAACAACCAUGGCAACUCCUGUGAUGAGAAAUCACUUCUGUUGGAUGGCACCGUCCACACUACUUUCGUUGCUGGGCAUAGCAUCUGAUAGAAACCUAAACAUUGUCCGUGAAAGUCGCUGUUGUGAUAUUCACCAGAGCGCUCACUGGAAACAGACUUAAUGUCAAUGGGCAUGAUUGAAUUUGUCUGGAUCAGUAAAAACCACAGGAACAAAUUAACUUCUUACUGCUGGGAACCUUAUGUUUUGUUGUCAUUAAAAGCAUUAAAAGCAGAUAAAGUUCUUGCUUUAAAA